GCCCGAGCGGAUUCUCCACAUUUUGGCUAAUAUUCUCCCGAAACAUCCGCUUUCUGCCCACCCUCUAGCGGGACCGUUAGGCGGUUUUGUGCAAACGUUUCUCAGCGACUAUCCACUGGACUGGAGAAAGUCAACGCCGGUUCCUGUGCCUUUAGGCUAGCAGCUAUCCGGAGCGGCUGAAGCGACCGCCCGUCCGCCCGCUCUACCGCCACCGUCAAGAUAGGCCGCACCAUGGCGGAGGACUUGGACGACUCGACUCAGGACUCGGGCAGAAAUCUCAAUGGAGACUCGAAGAAGGAGAAGAAAAAAACCUGCAUGCAGUGCGGCGCGCAGAAGAAGAAACUCAAGCUGAAGAUCUUCUACAAAGGCGCGCAGGUCACGCUUUGCAACGAGGAAUGCUUCAAAGCAUUCAAGGAGAAACAGCCAAAGAAAAAAGAGAAAUGCGAAGCCUGUCAUGAAGAAAUCGAAACCGGAGGAUACCUCUGCUCACGUCUGGGGACUCAGCAGCCGCUGUGUUCUGCGAAAUGUUUCGAGCUCAUGGAGAGGAAACAGGCGCCCAAGAGAAACUGUCUGGUUUGCCAAAAACAGCUAGGAUUGGGCAAUGCCGACGCACUCCUCUGGGAAGCCAUGGAAUUCUGUGGAGUACCGUGUUUACGCAGAUAUCAGCUGCAGAUCGGAUCUCUGUGCGCCAACUGCAACGUUGUUGUGCAAGAAUUGUCCUUGGGAAAAUACUGUGUGCGGUUCGGAGCCGAUAUCCGGCAGUUUUGCACCGGGAAAUGCCUCGAGGAGUUCAAGAAGGGUCUCAAAGUCUGCGCCUACUGCCAGAAGGAUCUGACGCGGGAGAAGAUCGAUCCGGUGGUCGCACAAGUCGGCGAGAAGGGACUCUUCAAGGAAUUCUGCUCGCGGGAGUGUGUGAAACACUUCGAGAAUCUGAGUCCGAACCGGACCGUCGAUCCCUCCGAGAAAUGCAAGCAAUGCACCAUGAAGUGUUUUCCGAAGCAGCUGCAGUUCAAAUACGGCCCCGAAGAGAAGCAAUGGGCCUGCGUUUGCAGCGACCAGUGCCUAUCGAGAUUCCGAUUCGACAACAAGCUCGACGGGGCUUACUGCGAAAACUGCCAGUGCUUCCGGAUAAAACAGGACCAGUGUGUAACAUUGCAGCUCGGUCUCAAGGGUACCCGAAAAAAGUUCUGCUCGAAAACCUGUCUGAACCUUUUCGUGUUGGGUCACCGAAAAAUCGUGCCUUGUUCGUGGUGUAAAGUGAAGAAAUAUAAUUUCGACAUGAUCGAGAAAAACGGCGAGAGCGACGUUGUGCAACUCUUCUGCUCGAUAAACUGCCUCAACUCUCACAAGACGAGAUCGUCGUCGAUUCGUCAGACAGCUCCGCCCACAGCGGCGAUUGCCCAAGCUCCGCAGAUACAGACCCAACAGAGACAGGUCGUCAAUCAGCAAUCCUUCCUCCAGAACAAAAUCACAGUGCAACAGCAGCAGCAAUUACAACAUCAGCAACAGCAGCAGAUUCAACAGCAGCAGCAUCUUCAACAGCAACAGCAGCAGCAUCUCCAACAGCAACAACAACAGCAGCAGCAGCAACAAAUUCAGCAGCAGCAGCAGCAGCAACAUCAUAUCUUAGCCAAGACACCACAGGGUUUCCUAAAAUGCGACCAAUGCUCGAAAGUCUCGCGUCCGCAGUUCCACUUGACUAUGAGCGACGCUUCGGUACGGAACUUCUGCUGUUACACGUGCGCUGUAGCUUUCCAGAACAUGUUCAAAAACAAAACGCCGGCCGCUCUACAACAACAACAACAGCAACAGCAGCAGCAGCAGCAACAACAGCAACAACACACCGCCCAGCAGCAGCAGCUCCAUCUUCAGCAGCAACAGCAGCAGAAACAGCAAGCACAACAACAGCUGCAGACGCCAGCGGCGACCGCAGCCCAGCAUAUAUCCGUGCAACAAGUCCUACAACAGCAGCAACAGCAAACGCUACUCCGCAACAAAGUCGUUCUGACGACCCAAACAGUCUCUGUUCCUCAGCAACCAACGGUGAGGAAACUUCCGGCCGUCACACAGGUCCCUGUCGUCUCACCGAAACCUCCGGCAGCUGUGAUGACAAAAAUGUUUGGGACGACGCCGCAGGCGCAGUACACCGUAGUUCAACCGCAGGUUCAAAUUCCUCAAGGGGUCUCGUUCCUCAAUAACGGACCCAUCGUUGUAAGACCACCUCCCCCCAAAGAAGUUCGCAAUAAGUCGAUACAGUGUAAGCCACCGGAUUCAGAGGAUGAGCUGGAUAAGGAACGCGUCGAGGAGACGAUAACUGGAAAGAAGAAACCCAGCUCGCUCAUCAAAGCAAUGCUCUUGAACGUGGAUCACGUUCAAGCGGGAAGCGAUCCCAAGAGGAUUGAGGAAAUGAUCGGCGAUCUCCACGAAUUAGCAAACAAACUUUCCGAGCGUUUGAAGGAGCCCAAGAUAAACGGCGGACUAAACCAUCAAUCGGGAGGAGCCGUCAAACGAGUCCGAGACGAUGCGGACAGUGAAGACGCACAGGAAAACGGGGAGUCUGACAAGAAGCGAUGUAAAUCCCUCACCGAUCCGCUCGAUGAGCUCGUCGACGCGGCUUGUGAUCGGUGGAAGGAAUGGGUUUCCAAUGUUGGCGAGAAGUCGAAAGAUGAGGAUUCGGAGAACAAUGAAAACAACGAGCAGAUCAGGCCGCCCCUCGAGGAGUUUCUGAAACUUUCGCCUGAGAGCAUGAAUUCCGCGCUGUGUUCUUUCGGCAAAGACAGUCAGGGCGAUGCGCAGACGAACGACGUCGUCCAUCUCGUGAAGGUCUUCUUGGGCCUACAGCUUUAUUUGACGCGGAAGAAGAGCACAAUCAACAUUUUCAACGAUUCCGCAUUCUGUGGAUUCAAUGAUUAUGUCAGUACUCUCACUUCGGCGCUGGAGAAUCCCGAAAAGGUCGGGAAUGUUGAAUUGCAGGGAUCGGAACUCAUCGAAGAAGAGCUUUUCUGGAAAACGGGUCAGCUCGGAGUGAGCAGUCCAGAAGUUCUUCUCAAUACAGUUGCGUAUGUUCUGGCCAGAUACGCGAAACUGACCGACCCAGACCUUCACGACGAGUUAACUUUCGACAAGGUGACAGUCGAAUGUGAAACUGUUGAAAACAAAACCAUUAAAGUCUUGAAGGUUGAUGAUAAAGUCAUUUCACAAGUGCCCGAUUUGAAGAGCCGCUGUCCGGUCGCAAUCGUUGAAGCUUACAUAUCGAGACGCGGUGUCCCUCAGAAACCAGCGUCAAGCAGUUUCUACCUCGAGCCAAGACAAGGCUGGAACGAACACGACCACGGCGUGGAAGAAUGGUACAGCGAGGAUUCUUUGGAAAUCGGCGGCCUAGCUCGAGCUUUGAACAGAUAUAAGGUUCUAGAGUCGUUUCACCGGGAAUAGGAUAUAUUUUGUAUAAUAGAGCGUCACUCGUAAACUUGUUUUUAACGACAAACAGGGCGAUAGGUACAAGUCACCCAGUCAGUAAGACGGACAGACAGUCAGUCAGUCAACCAGCCAGCCGUUCUCCACCCACUCAUCCACUCAUUUGUCGGCCAUCGACACAGUGAUUAUGAAGUCACUCAAUUCUUCCUUCAUACGUUUCAUAGCUGCGUUCCACGUUGCUCGUUCAGAAGGAAUUUCCUAUGGCACUUCAUCAUUAGUCUGAAAUCAUCUACAUAGAACGCCUUAGCUUACACCGAUCGAUAUUCAGUGACGAAUGUUCAAGUAAUCAACCAGCUGACCGAGAGAGCUGCGGGCAGAGCAAGAAAGGAAUAUGAAGGGUGUGGAACAAAGUUGAGAGUUGUUUCGGUAAUCGUUGAU